GUUGAUGUGGCGCUGUUCUCAGUCUAUCAGUAGUGCCGCACGUUCCAGCGAUUAAGGAUUACUUCUACGCUGUUAAUAUGGAGCUUUCUGCUGUUGACAGAGCGAUUGAAUAUAUUCUUAUAAAUUAUCGUUGGGUUUUUGUGUGUUUCUUCUUGCUUCCAGUUUCUUUACUGUAUGAAAUUUAUAAUUAUGGGAGGAACUGGAUUAUAGUUAAAUUAAAUAGCGCUCCGAAACUGCAUGACAAAAAAGUAAAAAAUGUUCAGAAACAGGUACAGAACUGGAGAGCAUCAGGAAUGACUGUUCCAAUGUGCACUUCCAGACCAGGAUGGAAGACAAUGUCACUAAGCAAACCAAAAUACAAGAACAAGCUUUUCAAUGUUGACAUUAAUUUGAUUGAUAUUUUGGAAAUUGAUGCUGAGAAACAGACUGUUCAUGUAGAGCCUCUGGUUACAAUGGGUCAGUUGACAGCUACUCUUGAUCCAUUGGGUUGGACUAUCCCUAUAGUUCCAGAGCUUGAUGACCUUACUGUUGGUGGACUAAUAAUGGGUACAGGUGUGGAAUCUACUUCUCACAAGUAUGGUUUAUUUCAACAUAUAUGUGUCUCGUAUGAACUGGUUUUGGCUGACGGCAGUUUGGUGACCUGUUCAAAGGAAUCAGACCCAGAUUUAUUCUAUGCUGUACCGUGGUCAUAUGGUACAUUAGGCUUUCUCACAGCUGCAGUAAUUAGAAUCAUCCCUGCACAAAAGUAUGUGAAAUUGAACUACCAUCCUGUCUAUUCCUUGGAUGAUGCUGUAAAAGUAUUUGAAGAAGAGAGCUUGAAGAAAGAUAAAAACCAUUUUGUAGAGGGUUUAAUGUUCAGUGCUGAUCAGGCUGUCAUUAUGACUGGCGAUAUGUCUUCUACGUGUGAACCUGGAAAGCUUAACGAAAUUGGGAAAUGGUACAAACCAUGGUUCUUCACCCAUGUUAGGACGUUUUUGGAGGAAGGUCCUGGAUAUGAAUAUAUACCUUUGAGACAGUACUACCACAGACAUACAAGAUCACUCUUUUGGGAAGUUGAGAACAUAAUUCCAUUUGGCAACAAUGUUAUUUUCCGCUACCUUUUAGGCUGGAUGAUGCCACCGAAGGUUUCACUGUUGAAAGUGACUGAAACAAAAGCCAUCACAAACCUGUAUGAAAAAUAUCAUAUUAUUCAAGAUUUACUGGUACCAGUGAAAUCUAUGAAACAGUCCAUUCUCACCUUUCAUGAUGAAGUGCAGGUGUAUCCUGUGUGGUUAUGUCCUUUCAACUUGCCAAAUGAUCCGGGAAUGGUCCAUCCAGCCGAUGAUGACGAAGAACUGUAUGUUGAUAUAGGAGUGUACGGAGUACCAAAAGUACUGAAGGGUGAAUUGUAUGAUGCAGUUAAUACAACAAGACUUAUUGAAAAUUUUGUUGCCAAAGUUAAAGGCUUUCAGAUGCUUUAUGCAGACUCAUACAGAACCAAGGAGGAGUUCCACCAGAUGUUUAACCAUGCCUUGUAUGACAAAAUGCGAGACCGACUGGACUGCAAGAAGGCUUUUCCUGAAGUUUAUGAUAAAGUCAACAAACACGCUAGAUCACACUAAUGUGAUGAAUUUCCACUUGUAAGAAUUCUUCUCUUAUGUUUAUUUAUAUAAUUUUCCCAGUUACACUUCUCCUUUUUUACAGUUUUGAGGGAAAUACAUGAUUUUGAGUUUUCCUGUUGCAAUUUCCUCAUCAGUAAUUCACAGCAGCUUGUUCUGUCCAUUGACAUUACAAAGGUAAACACUUCUUAUAAUUAUGGUUUCGGACUCUUCUUCAUCGGCUCAUAUGCAUACAGAAACACUAAUGAAUGAUAAAUUGAAGUCAACUUAUUUUUGUUAAUUGGUUCUGGAGCCAAUAUUUUUAAGCAGUGAAAUAAAUGAUUUUGUCUUCCCUUUCAAUAGAAGGCUAAAGAAUACAGAUUGAAGAAGGGGAGGUUAUGAAGUAAACAUAAUAUAUCUUUAGGAAGAA